GUUCACACUACUGCGUGAUGUCUCUUAUCCCGGGUCAGGACGGUGUAGUGAGCGGAUGAAAUCCCGCAGUGUUAUGAUGGUUUGUGAGCAGUUAAAAUGGUGAGAGACUCGUAACGUGUGUGGUGGUGUCUAGACUAGGUUUAGCUUUUAGUCCGUGUUCUUGACUUAAUGUAUAAUAAUUUACCUGUUUUUUUGUUUUUUUUUUAAAAAGCAAACUGGUAGUUUGUAGCUCAUCGGACAGUCCACGGAGUUGGUGGUAGGACAAUGACACUGGUGUGUUUAAAUUUUGUGCUGGGUUAGGGUUAACCCUAAAACGUUUGCGGCAGAAAGAUUGCGUCUCGUCUUAAAACUUAAACUAGCCGGCGGUCACUCAACCCCAGCCGGGACAACCAGGACAGGACAUUUCAUACAGUCUCUUUGCAGAAGACAACGCAACAUGUUCGAAGCCUCAGGAAUCCCUCUCAUUCUGCUGGACAUUACCUGCCUCAUCCUCGUUGGACUUCCAUUUUUCAUCCUCACACCUCAACACAACCCUUUCAAACGGGGCUUCUACUGUAACGAUGAGUCCAUCAGAUACCCUCUUAAAGAGGACACUAUAUCCUACCAGCUGCUGGGAGGAGUCAUGAUCCCCUUCACAUUGAUUAUUAUCGUCUGUGGCGAGUGCCUUUCCGUUUACUUAUCUCGCAUCAAGAGACCAGCUUCAGGGACCAAGUAUGUGGCGUGUGUCUACAAAGCAGUUGGGAGCUAUGUUUUUGGAGCUGCUGCUAGUCAAUCUCUGACAGACGUAGCCAAGUACUCCAUCGGUCGUCUGCGGCCAAACUUCCUGGCUGUAUGCAAGCCAGUCUGGGAUCGCAUUAACUGCAAAAGUGGUGGAUACAUCGAGAAUUUCACCUGCACUGGAGACAAUUUUCUGGUUGAUGAGGCCAGACUGUCCUUCUACUCUGGCCACUCAUCAUUCUCUAUGUACUGCAUGCUAUUCCUUGUACUUUACAUUCAAGCCAGACUGAAGUCAGAAUGGGCGAGGCUUUUUCGUCCCACCGUCCAGUUCUUCCUACUUGCCACCGCUGUGUAUGUGGGUCUGUCCCGAGUGUCAGACUACAAGCAUCACUGGAGCGAUGUGUUCACUGGCCUCCUGCAAGGGGGCCUAGUGGCUAUUUUCACAGUGUUCUGUGUGUCCAACUUCUUUAAGCAGCCAGUCAACGUGGUGGUGUCACAGGAGGAAGAAGCCUCGCCCUCUGGUUUCCCUGAAAACCCUUCCAGUUUGAACCACUAUGGCAGCACUGACUGAAUCUGAGGCCUGUGAGUCCAUGUAUAGGGCCUGUACUAUACAGUGUACAGAGUACAGCUUGAAAUUGCCCGAGAGCGCCUGAACACACCAAUUAGUAUCUGCAAGUCUCUGACCACUGGCUGUUUCUGUGCAUUUUAUUUCAUGGAGCCAGCGCUGUCGUCUGUUACCUUUGGUGUGGUCGGUAAGCUUAAAAUGCUCGAACAUAAGCGUUUAUACAUAAGACAGUAAUUGCACUUUAUUGAGAUAUAAAGACGCAGAGGAUUUGGGCUGAAUCCCAUAUAAUACACGCAUAUUAUGGAUCGAAAUGACAAAACACAGUGCAGCGUGUCGGUUAACCGUAGACAAAAAUGGCUUUUUACAGUGCGCACUUGUUUGAAAUGUGUUUUUUUUUUUUUAGUUUAUAUUGGUCUGAUGUUGCCAUCUUGAAUGAAUGAAAUUCCUUUUGCCUGGAAUAUAAUGAGAGUCUGUGUGUACUGCAAGCAGGCUUGUAGGGAGCCUAGCACCUGUGUGAAUAAGAAAACCUGGACUGUCCUUAAACUUAAAUUGGAGCAGGAACUCAUAAAUGACUUGUUUUUUAUUUUUGCCUUAGUCAGAAUGCUGCUACCUGCUGUUAUUCCCCUCGCCUGGUUUUAUGUCAUUGUAAUGAAUGGAUAAUGCAGUGAAUUCAUUUUUUUUUUUUUUACUAUUUGUAUUGGCUUUAAUGUAUUUUUGUCCACACAGAAGCUUUAAACACUAUCAGUGCCAGGAGAGAAAAAAUAUUGGAUGAAUAAAGAGCUGCAUUUUGCUGUUUUGAUACAAA